AAGAUCCAAGGGAAUCAUUGCGGUACCACCUGCCACCCGACAGAGGACUCGACUGUCAGCGAAUACUACUUAUAGCACUGAAAUCUGCUAGGUGACAGCAAUCACUCUUCAGAGGUAUUUCAAUUGUCACAUACCUUUCCAGAUAAUCCAGUCAAUCGCGAUGGCAACGAAAGCCAGCUCUUGUCAAAUCAAUGAUGCACCAUCGGUUAGGGAGCGCAUCGAAGCUCUAUACAACCACAGUAAACUCUUCGAGAUGACCGCCGGUUGUCCACAACUUGGAAUUCACGAGACUUUCGGUAGAGAAUGGGCACUAUGCCUAGCGCACGUGGAGGGCGAGGUCCACCAAUGUGGAAGAGUAGUCGAACACUACCUACGAAAGAACGCACAACGUGAAGAACCCGCGCCAUCCGAGGCUGAGUACAAGAGCGUAAUGAAUGAUCUGGUUAAUUCACUGCUGCUCCACGGACGUAUUGUCAAGACUUCUCCGAAGAUGAGCUCGUCGACGCCGCCUUCGAUGGCAUCCAUGAACAAAUACCGCAUCAACAGCCUUGUCAAUAAAACUGGUAUGCGCAGUGCAAAUGGGGAGUUGGCUUCGAUGUACGGCCAGGAGGGCGACUCUAUCCCGUCCAAUCUAGCCGCGGUGGAUGACGAAGGUCUUUCGCCCAUGGCGCUCUUCAUUCGUGACUGGCUCCUGAAUCCUCUGGUCGAUGUUAUCGCUACGCCUUCUCAGGACCUUUUGAUGAGACUGCCGGUGUAUAGGCGCAGAUAUCAGGAGAAGGAGGAGGACAGUAAUGGUCGGUUUAUCAACAGCAACACAAUAUCGGCCGCUGCAAACGCGUUCGUAUACGUGUUAGCGAUACUGAUUCUUAUUGCCCCGAUUGCUACCUUCAAUGUGGUGAAGGAGCAGUCACUUCGAAUCAUCAUCAUGCCGCUGUUCUGUCUGCUCUUGGCUGCGUCAGCACAGCUGAUGGGAUCAGACGCAAUGCCUUGGUACACAAUUGUGAUCGGUUACUUCCAGGCAAUGGUCUUUUUCGUGGGUUCUUCGAAUGACGGAUAGUAAGUUGUAAUGUUGCGGUUGUUCGUCGACGACGCCGAAUGACUGUUUUGCUUCACCGCCGAUUGGAACUAAGACGAAAACGGAACGCCAUAUCCCCAAGCCAGCACUACGAGUCAUGCCCCAUGUAACAAAUUCAAAACACCACCAGCUGCUAGAAAGAGUAUCAGGAUGCCGUGCCAAAAUACUCAUCACGGGCUUGCGUAUCGGCCGUACAGCUUAAUAUUAACAAUUCAGGCCGGAUAUUAAUGCAACCUUUGCCACUCCAUCGCUAACUCGGCGCAACAUCUCUAAUGACAGCUAGCACGGGUUCGAUCUUCAGUACCGAAAGGAGAUGACUUGUCGUCAUGUCUCUCAUCACGAGCGGCUU